AGCGGUAAAAAUGUUCGCGGCCAUCUUAUCAGGCUGCUGGAAACAAAGAAAGCUCAGCAUUGAUGUCUGGGCGCCGCCAUGUCAGUCACAGGAGGUUUUGGCAUCUGGGAUGCUGAGUUAACAGCAGAGACGACAUCUCUGUUUAGGGAUCCAGGGACACUUGCUUCUCCUUGUCCUAAAAUAGCCUUAUCUUUUGGUCGGGCAAAGAAAGGGCGUAAUCAUCCGUGGUACGGCACACCUUUAAACAUGGCCGCCCCCAGUAGGAGUCAAGCGGGCGUCGCCAUCAUACCUCCCAUUACAGCUUUGAGAAACCCAGAAUCCUGUUCUCUGGAACGUUGCCGGGUGGCCGCUGACAGCCUCAAAGUCGCAAUUGAGUCUGCGCACCGGCCAUUCAGGAUGGGACGACCUUAUACCGCGAUGAGGCGGUGUGGCAGGACGAUCAAUUUCAGAUUCUGGGCGCGGAUGCAGCAUAAAUGGGAAGGGUCGGUUUGAGAAACGGUCAAACCUGGGGACUGGGGAAGGAUAGUGAGCUGCCGACUACGGUGGCCGACUGGGUCAGUUAUGGGUGCCCGUGAGGGUCAACGACAAAGGGACUGAAGGGUUAAGAGAUUGGACCUCUGAGCCUCGCGGGGCCUCAGUGGUGGCAGGCAGAGGUUGGCGGGAGUCAAUGGCACAGUCUCUGAAGAAGAUGUAUUGGGAGUGUGUGGGAAUCAAUAAAUGCGAGUUCUGUGAAAUGUCUUGAUUUUCAGGGUGCAUGGGGUUCUUUCUGGCAAAAGUAAUGACAUACGCAUCUGUGACAGCAUCCCAAGAGUGAGCCUGGUUUCUGGAAAUCCAUUCCGACUCUGUGACAGCGGCGAUGGAUGUGACCUUGCCCGUGGUUAGAAAACAAAUUUACUGAGAUCCAAUCCAGGAUCAUAUGCUGCCUUCAGGUGACACAUCCCUUUAGUCUCCUUUAAUCAGGAGCAGUUUCUCGGUCUUCAUAUUCCAUGAAGUCGAGAGUUUUGAAGAGUAUAGGUGUCAGAUCUUUUUCCAAGAACAGCAGAAAAUGAUCGAGUACCAGACACCUGUGUCAUUCAAAGAUGUAGUUGUGGGCUUCACCCAAGAGGAGUGGCACCGGCUGAGUCCUGCUCAAAGGGCCCUGUACCGGGAUGUGAUGCUGGAAACCUAUAGCAACCUCGUCUCAGUGGGUUAUGAAGGCACCAAACCAGAUGUGAUCCUCAGGCUGGAGCAGGAAGAAGCACCAUGGAUUGGUGAGGCAGCAUGCCCGGGCUGCCACUGUUGGGAAGACAUCUGGCAAGUUAAUAUCCAGAGGAAAAGACGGCAAGACAUGCUUUUGAGGCAAGGCGCAGCCAUAAGCAAGAAAACACUGCCCAAGGAAAAAAGCCGUGAAUAUAGUAAGUUUGGGAAAAUAUCACUUCUGAGCACUGACCUUUUUUCUUCAAUCCAGAGCCCUAACAACUGGAACCCUUGUGGAAAGAAUUUGAACCAUAAUUUAGACUUGAUUGGUUUUAAGAGAAACUGUGCAAAAAAGCAAGAUGAGUGUUAUGGUUAUGAGAAAUUGCUUCAGCGUAUACACCAUGGUAGACGACCGAAUGGAGAAAAGCCCUGGGGUUGCAGUCACUGUGAGAAAGCUUUCACCCAGAACCCGGCACUUACGUAUAAACCAGCAGUAAGUGAUUCUCUCGUGUACAAACGGAAGAGGGUUCCACCUACAGAAAAACCCCACGUCUGUAGUGAGUGUGGGAAAGCCUUCUGCUACAAGUCUGAAUUCAUUAGGCAUCAGAGAAGUCACACUGGGGAGAAGCCUUAUGGCUGCACUGACUGUGGGAAAGCCUUUUCACAUAAGUCAACCCUCAUCAAACACCAGAGAAUUCACACUGGGGUAAGACCCUUUGAAUGUUUCUUUUGUGGGAAAGCCUUUACCCAGAAGUCACACCGCACAGAACAUCAGAGAACACAUACAGGAGAGAGACCCUUUGUCUGCAGUGAAUGCGGGAAAUCGUUUGGUGAGAAGUCAUACCUCAAUGUACAUCGAAAAAUGCACACAGGAGAAAGACCCUAUCGUUGCAGAGAAUGUGGAAAAUCCUUCAGCCAGAAGUCCUGCCUCAAUAAACAUUGGAGAACUCACACAGGAGAGAAGCCCUAUGGGUGCAAUGAAUGUGGGAAAGCUUUCUACCAGAAGCCAAACCUCAGCAGACAUCAGAAAAUUCAUGCUCGGAAGAAUGCCUACAGGAAUGAAAACUUAAUAAUUGUGGGAAAUACUUGAGCAAAAUAUCUGGUUUCAUGGUAUGUAGGGAAUCUAUCCUUAGGAGAAAUCUUAAUGAAUUCAUUUUAAUGAAUUUGGACAGUGUAUAUGUGUGUUUGCUUUUUUUUUUUUUGAGUUGGAU